AUGUCGCACUGGACCAGCUUUCGCGAGCAGGUUGAUCUCACGAAGAUCAUACGAAGCAUUCUUGACUCCUAUCCUGCGGGAAGCGGAAUACUGCGAGAGCUCUUACAAAACUCGGACGAUGCGAAAGCCACGACCCAAACAUUCAUACUUGACCUUCGAACACAUCCUAACAAGAAACUCAUUGAUCAAGAACUACGUACAUCUCAAGGUCCUGCUUUAAUGGCCAUAAACGACACCUACUUUGCUGAGAGCGACUGGCAAGCCAUCCAAAAUCUCCAUAGCUCAAGCAAAACUGCCGACGAAUCAAAAAUUGGGAAAUUCGGUAUAGGCGUACGCGCCUGCUACCAUAUCACGGACAACCCUCACUUUCUGUCGGGGACGACUCUCGUUAUCUUUGACCCCCACAAUCGAUUCUGGGACGAUCUGAAAAAAGGCGGGGUUAAGAUCGACCUCCAGCAGAGAAAUACGCGUGCUGCAUAUGCUGACCAGCUGGCCGCUUUUUCGCAGUCCCUCGCCCCCAAUGCUGAUGGUGUUUAUCCUGGCACUGUCGUCCGCCUACCCCUUCGAACUCCGGAACAAGCCCCGCAAAGUACGAUCAAGCAGGAAUCAGUCGACCCAGAAACCAUUCUCGCUCUGUUCGACGACUUCGUGGACAAUGAGCUGAGCAUGGUGAUGCUCUUCCUCAAGCACAUUCGCUCCAUUACACUGAAGAUAAUCCACCCAGAUGGGCGCGAGGAAUUUUACGGCAGCGCCGAAAUCAUUGACAUGGACUCGUCGACUAUCGAAAAGCGUCAAUUUUCACGGACCAGUAGUGCCCGGCAGGAGUCUUUCAUCACCAGCAUUGAUGUUACCACCCGCGGCAGCCAUCAAGUUACCCGACAAGUCUGGCGCAUUGUCCAUCGUGUCUGCAGCGUCGUAGAAACCUCAGCACUCAUCAGUCGUCAAGUUCAUUAUGAUGCCGGUGCCAAGCUCUCCAACGACAAGUUGUUCUCGCAUGUCGCUUUAGCAUUCCCGAUUUCGCCUUCUCCUCGAACUGGAUUGAAUGGUCGCUUAUUCACCUUGCUACCGCUCCCAAUCCAGACAGGCUUUCCAAUUCAUAUGCAUGCUAUACUUGCUCUCACCCAGGAUCGACAAAGUCUGCGUAAUAUUGAAGAGAAGGGGUCAAACAAACAAUCGCGAGAACGUCUUCUUGUUGCUUGGAACCGUGCUAUCUUCGACAACUUUCUGCCAGAAAUAUGGAGUACUCUCUUACAGAUCAUUGUCGACAACAAAGAAGUUGAUAUUUGGUCGGUGUGGCCGUCUUCUCGUCACUCCCACGCCACUACCAGUGGUUCCGUGUAUUGGAGCAGCAUCUUGUCAAAGCUUAUCGAGCGUGUCGUACAGCGUGACUUGGCGAUAUUCCCAGUCUAUGCUAACAAUACACAUCAUGUCCCACUAUCUUCUGCCCUCAUUGCCUCCCAUCAGCAUCCAGACGUACUACUGCAGGCUCUGGCUAAUGUUGGAGUCACUGUCGUCCAACCUCCGCAACAUAUUCUAGAAUUACUUCUUAAACACCAGCAAGUUCAAGCACUCGGUCCCGGAACUUUGAAACAUAAACUCAAGGCACAGGUGUCAUUCCUUGCGGAAGUCUCGAACGAGGAUAAAAAUCUAAUUCUGCGUUAUCUCGUUACAUCUCCUGGCACUCUCGAAAAUGUUUUGGAGCUUCCUCUUAUUCCCUCGUUGGAUGGCUCUCGGAUUACCCUUUCUUCCAUCGGUAAAUUCCGUCUUGUUGAUCAACUUGAAGGAGAACUAUUCGGAGACGUUGACUGUAAUUGGCACAUUAUUCCAUUGGUGGCACUCGACCCCACUGUCGCACAGGUACUCCUAGAUACCAAAAUGUCCAACGUCAGACGGUUGAAGCCUGCAGAUGUCGCGAAGUACCUAGAGCGGUCGGCAUUCGGUACUUUUCCAUCAGCACAAGUUGAAAUUACCGAUGCGGAUAUCUCUGUGCAAGUCGAAUGGCUCAAGAAAUUCUGGCUAUAUGUCAACCAAUGGUCACCAGCCAAGAGGGGACAGCUUGUUCCCCUUCUUCAGCGCUAUCAUCUCCUACCGACGAGCCAGAACACGCUGAUGAAGAUGGAGCAAGGAAUAUUUGAGUCACUCGAUGGCAUUACUGAUGCGACCAUGAAUGCAUGGGGCGUCCUUGGGCUUCGCUUUCUUCAUUCGGAUAUUCCUGCGUCAAGUAUUCGCGAGCUUGAUAGCAACCUGAUCCUCUCGCCUUACGUCGUCCCCACCCUCAUCGAACACAUUUCGUCGCCAAUGAUACCUGACCUCGAUGAAUCAUCAUCUGCCCUUAUUCGCGACCAUCUUGUCACCUCUCUGCAUCAGCACCGGUCCCCAGUGUUAACACCCUCAUCGAAACAAAUUCUUCUCGAGUUACCCAUAUUCCCCAUCCGCAUUCCGAUCGCUGCUAUUCGCAAAGCCAGUAGGAAGUUGUCGCAUUGUGUGCCUGCUCGUAUCGUGGGGAUUUGCAAGUUCGUUCGUGUUGAUAACUCUUGCCCAGUUCCAGACUUGGAUGGCAAGUUUUCAUUUUUUGAUGUCACUGCAAGUAACGAAAUUCUGGGAUCGCUCAUCGACUCUAACGCAAUGGAGGAGCCUGCGGACGAGACUGACAUUCUUGUUAUGGCCAUUGAUUAUCUGAUGCAGCAGCCUCCCGCCCUCCGAGACGCAUUGAUCACUCGCAUCAUUGCGCGCCUCCCCGACCUCCCCGAUUCCUCUCUCGAAAAACUCUCCAUUACUCCAUUUAUCACCGUCACUGGCGGCGCUCAAACGCCAAUGGUCGCACCCUCCGACGUUAUUGAUCCGAGGUCCCCGUUGGCGCAGCUGUAUGCCAAAGAACCAGGGAAGCUCCCGUCUGGAAAAUGGGCCAAGGGGCGAGAACUCAAACUUCUGACCGCCCAUGUGCCUUUUCAACAUACACUCACGUCAGCGAUCGUGAAGGAGCGGAUCGAGUAUCUGGGUCAGUCUUGGGACCCUGACGCGCUCCCGGGUAUAUUCACCAAAGCCGAGCUUUUUCUCAAACUAUUGGACGACCAAUGGGCUGACAUCAAGCAGGAGAUUCCCAUUGCCUCUUUGACUUCGAACACAUGGCUCCCAAUUUCCAAGCAUUUGCCGCUUGCCAAACCUUCUCAGUGUCGCGAUGGCGGUCAAUCACACUUCCUCUUCGACUUGGUGCUUGCUACAGUCUCGAGGCGAAUUCACGACAAGGAUUUGCGGCAGGCGUUAGGCUGGACAACAUUGUCUCUCGAUGUCUUAUGCAAGCAAAUGACAUGUGCUCUUGCAGAACCCAGUACGGAGAAAAAUCGACAAACGCGCAUCCUAGCCCUCGUUUCCGAGUUUUCAAAGCGAAAUCUCUCAAACAGCCACAUUGAUGUUCUGCGACAAGUAGUACAUACUCAGGCAUGGGUUCCCGUAGAACCUUCAACACUCGCCACGACCGAACGCGCCCUGCUACGUCCCUUGACCAGGAUUCCCGGUGGACGAUUCAGAGCUGUCACUUCUUCUCUCCUUGAUGGUGAUAAGAACCAAUUUCUUUCACGAAUGGGGUGCCAACAGGAUCCUCCUCUAUCGGCCUUGCUUGAUGAGCUUCAAAUGCUUCCUGGAUUAGUCGAAGACCCACUCCUUCUCAUUGAAGCAGUCCGUCUCCUUGACGAGGUCGCUCAAUAUUCCAAACAAAUCACUUUGGAUGACAGAACAAAAAUCCUUGUUCCGGUUGAGGACAAGUCUUUGCAACCUUUAACAGAAACCUUCUACAAUGAUUUGGGCACGAAGUCCUUACCCGAAACAGGCUACGCUGCUCACUCCCGAAUUUCCAAAUCACUCGCGACUCAACUGGGUAUCCAGUUCCUCAGCUCGCUGGAGCUUGGGGACGACGAUGAAGAUGAAGACGGUCUUCAAAUGGGCGAAGCGUUCACUGAACGGGUCAAGAGUGUCUUGAAGGAACACGACAUUAAAUACGCUUUCAACGAAUUCAUGGCCAAUGGUGCUGACGCAGGAGCCACGGAAUAUGCUAUUCUCCUGGAUGAACGUGGUUAUGAAUCGAAGAAAGUGCUGGCCCCAGGUUUAAUGCCCCUUCAACAGUCACCGUCACUCUUUUUACACAACGACGCCGUGUUUACCAAGGAAGAUUUUGUCGGCCUGAGAAAGGUUGGCCAGGGAGGCAAACGUUUGCGUCCUGAUACCAUCGGGCGCUAUGGUCUUGGUGCUCUCUCGCUCUUUCAUUUCACCGAUGUGGUGCUACUCAUUUCGGGCGAGUUUAUCCUCAUUCUCGACCCAUCUGGGCAACAUCUACCACCAUUUCGAGGAAAGCCAAGGACAUCUUUAUUUCGGCGUCUAGCUGAUGUUGCAAGACGCUUCCCUGACCAACUUACUCCCUUCGAAUCCAAAUUUGGUUUUACGGCCGCCUCUCCCUUUUACCCAAAAACAUUGUUUCGACUUCCUCUCCGCGAGGAAUCCGAGGCUAGUCCUGAAUCCGAGGCUAGUCCUCUGUCAUCGCCUGUUCUAGCUUCUGAAUGUUUGAACCUCGUUCGGGAACCAUAUUGGAGUCUUGCUAGAGAUGCAAUGUUUUUUACUCAAUUGUGCAAGGUAUCUGCAUCGCAACAAAGUCCUACAGGAAUCAUCAAACAAAUGUGGUCUGUAGAUGCUAGUCGACCUGCCGAUGAGCUAUUUUGGGAUCGACAAACUCUGUUGUUGAAAGGACAAGACGGAGAUCGUAUAGUACCACCACAGCGAUGGCUAGUUGGCCGUUCGGUCUUUCCAGUUUCUCAGGUCCCUCCGGAGCAUGAAGCCAUCAUGACGGAAAUGGGCUUGCAUCGAAGCCAGAUUGGGCUUGUCGCUCGAUUAGCUCUCCGUUUGGACUCGGCAGCUGCUACAACCCACCCAACACCCUCUGGCCCAGCCGACAAUACAAGUUCCCAUUCUCUUUUUUCGUCGUUGCGGCUUCCUGUCCACACCUCGUUGCCUGUGCAUAUAUCAGCCCCAUUUGCGAUCUCGUCGGACCGCCGUCACAUACGAUUUGAUCCGGAGGAUCAGAAUGGUCGUCGUCUUCCUCAUGCAGCCUUCAACCUCUGGAUCUUGCAGCAUUUCAUUCCCCCGCUAUACAUUUCGACUCUCGCUCAUGCUGCAAAACUUCCACGGCGCCAUAACGGAGACCCGUUUGCCUGGUGGCCGUGGAAAAAUGUGAAAGACGACGAAAUAUCAAGACAUGUUGCAGAUGCGUUUUACAACAUGGCCGUACAGUCCAAAGAGCCCAUUUGCUACGCCACCUCUGAGCGGUUCGUGGCACCUAUAGCUGCAUUCAUUCCAAGCGAAAAGACCCCCGAGCCAGUCAAGCAUUUGCUCUCGUAUGCUAAGCCUUCCGAUUUUGUCAACCCACCGUACCCCGUUCGCACUUUGUUCUGGAAGGCUCUUCUAUCGCAAAGUGCACUGCCGCGGAUCCGUCUCGUUGAUGCAGCUUAUGCGAGCGGCGUUAUGUCGGGGUGGUCUGAUCAGCUUAUCUCCAAAUUUAAUGCCAAAGAAAUCCGAGCUGAAGACAUCAACAAAUUGCUGCAGUUCCUGGUUCAGGAAAAUGCAUCAAUAGAAGGUCUUCCUCUUCUUGUUCUUGCUAAUGAGAGCCUGGCGGCAGUCGACCUGUCACGACCACGUUAUAUCUGCCGUGGUACUGCUGUGCCCGACGUCUUCCACUCCGACAACUUCCUUCAUCCGCUUAUGGAACACUCAGUACAAGAAGUUCUCCUGAAUUCCUCUGCAGCAAAUGUCGCGAUCUUCAAUGCUGAUGCUGUCAUCUCUCUACUCCAGUCGCGUAUUCCGGCGACCACAAAUUGUGUUCAUCCCACAGAAAUUAGCGACUGGAUCAUCGACUUCUGGAAAGGAUUUGAUUCUCUUCCUGACCCCCCACCGAUGGCAAAACUGGAAUCUCUGGCCAUCAUACCAACUAUGGGACAGCUCCAUGUCUCGUUGCGCUAUUGCAAACGCCAUGAUGUUCUUCGACGCCCUGUCAAUCAUCUGCAACUUUCUGGGGUUCUCGCUGCCGUUCAAAAAAUGGGAUUUGAAAUAUGUAUUCUUCCGCCCCAGUUCCAAGACCCCGAGUUUAGGCAGUUCAACAUAAACACAUUUUUAUCCGCGCUCGAAUCAGCGCCCACCCCGUUCUCGGACCGGAAUAUGUCAGAUGAUGAAAUUGUAGGAGUGAGCGCCUGGAUCCAACUGCAUCUCCACGAGGUCAGGGAGCCGGAGGAACGUGCUACUGCUCGGCUGCUUCCGAUAUGGAGUGCUCGCAAAAAUCGUCAAAAUGUUCGUUGUUCAGCUAACGAACUGAAGUGGCUUCCGAUUGGCAUCUCCCCGAACGUAUUCGACGCGUUCUUACCAUCCAAUUUUGCUAUUGCCCCUGGUUCUGGAGUGUUGGCUGAAGCAAUGGAAUGGUACCCAGUCCGACCACCACUCAAUUCGGGGACUCUCGAGCAAUAUCUUACCUUUCCUGGCACCCUUUCUGGUCUAUGUGGGGCCCAGUCUGUCGAAUCGUAUUCUGUCAUGCUCACGGAGUAUCUUAAACUUGGUGGAAGAGAGAUGAUCUUAAUUCCUGAUGGCACUCUACGAAUGAGAAACAUCGAGGAGCUUUACGAUGAAUCGGUGCCUCUGUUUCGGGAGGCAUUUCAGAGCUGCAAGACCACGCUUUUUAUCCAUCCGGGGCUGGUUGAAAACUUCACGAUCCCGCUCCGGAAUCGAGGACUGCAUCAUGAAGUCAAUUGGGAAGCGAUUCUCCUGUGUGCACAGACAGUUCAUGGAGACUUGACACAACGGCGCCUCCUUGAAUCGGUCGUCAACACCAGAGCAACAGCGGUUUAUGAUGCGUAUAGCGGGACAUUGCCAAAUCUAAUCAUGGGUAACCUCAACCGGUGGGACCAAUUGAACAACCUUCGAUUCAUUCCCCGAAGUCCUCAACGGAGCACUUCGUCUUCCUUCGACACAGGUCCUUACUGUCAGGAUAUGCCGUUCAUUGUCAGCCCAUCUCAACUCAUUGGCGAGGAUUUCGAGAAAAUCGCAUGGUCUCAACGUGGUCGUUUCCUCAAUCCUCCCAGUGUCGAUCUCCUAUCUCUCAACAAGACUUUGGGUGUUCCAAGUGUACAAGAAGUUGUCAACCAUCUUGCGGUUCUUGCCCUACAAGUAGCUCCGAGCCAUCCACGGAAUCGCAGCCUGUCCGAACAACUUCGCGCGACAUUGAAAUGGCUUACCGAACACAAGGAUGAAGCGCAUCCGUUCCUCGUCACCCGAAGUAGUGAACCGCUCUUCUUGAACGUGGACGACAUAAGCUCGGACGACUGGAUUGGACAGUGGAAAUCGGCGGAACAGCUCCAGUUCGACAUCCCCCACGACCACAACCAAAUAUUCCGAGUGCGCGGUUUCUUGCAGGAUUAUCGCCUCCUUCUGCUUGCCGCGGGUUCUGGUCAGCACCACAAAGUCGAGUUCAAAUCGAGCAUCAACACUCAAAGCAGCAACGAUUUACGGGAUGUCUUCAACGAAUUGCGCCUAGCUCGCAAACGCACGGACCUCAGAUUGCUUCCUGCACGACCUACGCCUGACGAGGCCGUUGACGAGAACCGGUUGUGGGCCCACUGGACUUUUGUUGCGGCCGCGAUUCCACACGUGCGCAUUGGCCUGGACUGGCUCGAUAAUAGUAGCGACUCGUAUUCUUUCCCGGGGACCUAUUUCGGUGCCCGUGCGGUUUUGGACUUCAUCUACACGGGAACAAUCGAGGCGAAGCCUGGCGACGGCGAGGACGGCCAUAUGGUUUUCCUCCGCGACCUGCUGGAGCUGUUGGAGGCGGCUGACGAGUGGGGCAUGAACGAGCUGAAAGAGGAGAUCGGACGGGUGAUCGACCGCUGGAGCCUGCUAUCCAGCGCCACGUAUUGGGAAAUCGAGGAGCAAGCGGCCAAGUUUACAGCAGCGGGUUUGCUGGAGUAUUGCCAUGAAUUCAAGGAGAAGAACCCCAGGUCGGUCGGUGCAAGGGAGGAUAAGGCUGAAUCAGAAUUAAUGGAGGAAUAA